AAUUUCACUUGUUACACUUCACUCCUUUUCUUCUGCUUGCAGUCUGAUUGGGGUGGGACAUUCAAGGCCUAAAAAUGAGCAGGAACUUCUUGUCCAAGAAUGACGAGCUCCGCAGGGGAGACUUCCUGCUGUCCAACAAUAAGGAGUGGAAGGCUAUUUUCCAGGAUGAUGGUAACUUUAUCAUCUACGGCUGGAAGCCUGUGUGGGCUUCAGACACUUAUGGAACAGAUGGUGUCCGCCUGGUCAUGCAGGAUGACUGCAACCUGGUCAUGUACAACAAGGACGACCAACCCAGGUGGCACACAAACAGUUAUGCCAAGGGUGAUUUUAGGUGCCGUCUUCAACUGACUGAUGAUGGCAACCUGUUGGUGUUCAAGGAAGCAGAUCAACUUUGGAGCUCUGCUAACUCCAAAGGCAUGAAAUGAAGUCAUGACAUUGCA